AUUCUUGCCAACCGCCAUUAAACACCAGAAGAAGAAGAAGAAGAAGCAGAAGGCGCGGCAAUGAUAAGUAGCAGUGUGCGGUCAGUUGGACCCUGGAUUAAACUCGACCAAUUUACAUACGUGAUCUGACGGCUGAGGCGAGCAACACAACAUGCAGUCAUGAAACGGGUUCGCGCUGAGCAGAUCCAGUAUGCAGUGGCUCAGUAUCUGAAGAGGAGGCAGUAUGUGGAUACUGACGGCUCCUUGAAGGGGGGUAAGCUCUUCCAGUCCACAGAGGAGUUGGCUGCCAGCCUGACUGUGCAGACAGAGUCAGGCUGUGCCAACGUCGUCUCUGCUGCUCCCUGCCAGUCUGACCCACAACAGUAUGAGAUACAAUUCUCAAGGCUGCACUCCUUUCUCGCAGAAACAGAAAUCUCCUAUGCACAAGAGGUUAGCAGCCUCCUCUAUCCCCUAUUUGUUUAUCUUCACAUUGACAUGGUACACUGUGGCCUGAAGGGGGCAGUGGAUAGUUUUUACGUUCGUUUUCAUGAUGUCUUUCUUAAUGACGGAGAGCAGCGAUCGGUCAUAGAGCAGCUCCGUCACAUUGUCACUGCACAGGAUGUCGCAGCCAACCCCAAGCUAAGAUCUUUUCUGGAGCACAAGUACGUGCUUCAUUUGACAGAGCCAGCUCACAGUUACCUGCUGCGGUACCUGCAGAGUGAGGACAACAGCGCCCUCUGCAGGGUCCUCAGCGCACAUCUCCAGGUGGAGGUCACAACUUCAAGACGUACAGAGUACCAGCUGUACGGAACUGCUGGUGGUUUCAUGGCGGCCACAAACUCUAUUUCCACCUCCUGGGUGGGUGUGGGUGGAGCAGAAGGUGGAGAGGGGGUGGAGGUCCCUGCGGGGAUCCCACAGAAUGAGGUGGCGCUUCUCGCAUUGCAGGACUGCAUUAAGAAAGUCCGUGAAGGCCCACCCUCACUCACAACCAUCUGCUUUUAUGCCUUCCACCACACGGAGCAUAUGCUUAACACCGCCGAGGUUUCCCCAGACAGUCGCCUGUUGGCUGCUGGAUUCGACAGCUCUGCAGUGAAGCUCUGGAGCCUCCGAGCCCGAAAGCUGAAGGCCAAACCGCAUCAGGCCGACGUGUCGUGCAUCCACCUGGCAUGUGAUGUCCAAGAGGAGGAGGUAGAUGAAGAGGAUGGCUGCGGCAGUGAGAUAAAAAUGCUGCGAGGUCACAGCGGCCCUGUGUAUCGUACUGCCUUCCUAACGGACAGCUCAGGCCUGCUCUCUUGCUCUGAGGACACAACUAUUCGAUACUGGGACCUUGGCAGCUUCACCAACACGGUGCUCUACCAGGGCCACACCUACCCAGUAUGGGAUGUGGACGUCAGCCCCUGCAGCCUCUAUUUUGCCAGCAGCUCCCACGACCGCACCGCCCGCCUUUGGACAUUCUCCCGCACCUAUCCGCUGCGGCACUAUGUGGGGCACCUCUCUGACGUCGACUGUGUCAAGUUCCACCCGAACUCCAACUACCUGGCUACCGGUUCCACAGACAAGACUAUUCGCCUGUGGAGCACCCAGCAGGGGCAGUCGGUUCGCCUCUUCACUGGCCACCGUGGCACCGUGCUGUCACUGGCCUUCUCACCUAAUGGGAAGUACCUGGCUUCUGCGGGAGAGGACCAGCGGGUGAAGUUGUGGGACUUGGCAGCAGGGACUUUGUUCAAAGAUCUGCGUGGCCAUACAGACAGCAUCACCAGCCUGUCCUUCAGCCCAGACAGCAGCCUGGUGGUGUCGUCAUCUAUAGACAACUCUGUCAGAGUGUGGGACAUUCGCAACUCCCACGGUGGAACGCCUGCUGACGGCUCGUCCAGCGAGUUGGUGGGCCUGUAUGUUGGAAACACCAGCAAUGUUCUUAAUGUUCAGUUCAUGGCCUGCAACCUGCUGCUGGUCACAGGAACAGCCCUGGAGAAAGCUGAAGUGUAGCUGUAGGACUUUGGUUUGUGUUUAGACUUUGAGAAAAGGCUGACUGUGUUCAGAUGUUCCUUUAACAACGUUGUCUCCAGAGACCCGAGUGUCAAACGUUCAGUUUAGUUUCCUCUAUCAUUUUUCAUGUCCUCAUAUGGCAGUUGUAAAAUAACCAAAGUAUGUCUAAUAAAAUGUUGGUGAGUUUUCUUUUA